AUCCAGAUCAAGGUCAUGACCCCCCCGCCCCAGGGGGCCGUCAUCCGAGCCAUGCCCGUCUACAAGAAGGCCGAACACGUCACUGAGGUGGUCAAGCGCUGCCCGAACCACGAACUCAGCCGGGAAUUCAACGAAGGCCAAAUUGCUCCCCCCAGCCAUCUCAUCCGAGUGGAAGGCAACAGCCACGCGCAGUACGUGGAGGACCCCAUCACCGGGCGGCAGAGCGUCCUGGUCCCUUACGAACCACCCCAGGUUGGCACCGAAUUCACAACCGUCCUCUACAAUUUCAUGUGCAACAGCAGUUGCGUCGGCGGCAUGAACAGACGCCCCAUCCUCAUCAUCGUGACGCUGGAAGCCAGAGACGGACAAGUCCUCGGCCGCCGAUGCUUUGAGGCUCGGAUCUGCGCCUGCCCAGGCCGGGAUCGCAAAGCGGACGAAGACAGCAUUCGGAAACAACAGGUCUCCGACGGCACAAAGAACGGUGAUGCUUUCCGGCAGAGCACGCACAGCAUCCAGAUGACCUCGGUCAAGAAAAGACGCAACCCAGACGAUGAACUCCUGUAUCUCCCGCCUCCCCUGGACUUCCCUUCUCCUUCCUCUCUUCCCAGGAACUCCAUCCAGGCUCAGCCUUCCUACGGAUCCAAUUCUCCUCCGCUUGGGAAGAUGGGCGGCCUGAACAAGCUGCCUUCCGUCAGUCAGCUCAUCAACCCUCAGCAGCGCAACACCUUGACCCCCACCAGCAUUCCCGACAGCAUGGGAGCCAACAUUCCGAUGAUGGGAGGCCACAUGACGAUGGCGGGCGACAUGAACGGGCUGAGCCCCACCCAGACGCUGGCCCCUCCCCUCUCCAUGCCGUCCACCUCCCACUGCACCCCACCACCGCCCUACCCCACAGACUGCAGCAUCGUCAGUUUCUUAGCGAGGCUGGGCUGCUCCUCCUGUCUGGAUUAUUUCACGGCGCAAGGGCUGACCACCAUCUAUCAGAUUGAGCACUACUCCAUGGAUGAUCUGGUGAGCCUGAAGAUCCCGGAGCAGUUCCGCCACGCCAUCUGGAAGGGCCUCCUGGAUUACCGGCAGCUGCACGACUUCUCCUCCCCGCCCCACCUCCUCCGCACGCCCAGCGGGGCCUCUACGGUCAGCGUGGGCUCCAGCGAGGCCCGGGGCGAGCGGGUGAUCGACGCCGUGCGCUUCACCCUCCGCCAGACCAUCUCCUUCCCGCCCCGCGACGACUGGAACGACUUCAACUUCGACCUGGACGCCCGCCGGAACAAGCAGCAGCGCAUCAAGGAGGAAGGGGAGUGA